UGAACGAGACAAAAGUUUGGAGCCGCAACCAUGGUUGGCCUGGGUCCUAGGAAACCGCCCUCGCGGAAGGGUACGAGCGCACUUUCUAUUUGUACUAUAGCACAUCCACCUCCCGCUUUUCUCCCAAGGCACCACUUCGAGAAGGCGACAGUCGGAUACUGUAGCUGCGAGAAUGGGGCUGAUCACGAGCGCGACAGGCUCCAUGGCCGAUGUGCCAAAGGAUCUGAUGGACCAGAUCACUCGGCUAGAGGAGCUCUUCACAGUGCCGCAGGACAAACUGAAGCAGAUCUCGGACCACUUCGUGGACGAGCUCACCAAGGGGUUGACUGUUGAGGGAGGAUCUAUCCCCAUGAACCCAACAUGGUGCAUGGCUUUCCCCGAUGGCUACGAGACUGGUACCUUUCUCGCCCUCGACAUGGGCGGCACCAACCUCAGAGUCUGCGAAAUCACGCUCCCAGAGGAAAAGGGAGAGUUCGACAUCAUACAAUCCAAGUACCGCAUGCCCGAGGAGCUGAAGACAGGCACGGCUGAAGAGCUGUGGAACUAUAUCGCGGAUUGCCUGCAGCAGUUCAUCGAGUACCACCACCAGGACGAGGAUCUCGAUGCACUACCUCUCGGCUUCACUUUCUCCUACCCCGCGACACAGGAAUACAUCGACCACGGCGUGCUGCAGCGAUGGACGAAGGGCUUCGACAUAGAAGGCGUAGAAGGCAAGGACGUCGUCCCACCCUUCGAGGCCGCCCUCGCAGAGCGUGGCGUCCCCAUCAAGCUCACUGCCCUCGUCAACGACACCACCGGCACGCUCAUCGCCUCCGCUUACACCGACACCGAGAUGAGAAUCGGCUGCAUCUUCGGUACUGGCUGCAACGCCGCCUACAUGGAAAACUGCGGCUCAAUCCCCAAGCUCGCUCACAUGAAUCUUGACCCCUCGCUCCCCAUGGCCAUCAACUGCGAAUGGGGCGCCUUCGACAACGAGCACAAAGUCCUUCCCCGCACACCCUACGACAUCGUCAUCGACAAAGAAUCCCCACGGCCCGGCCAACAAGCCUUCGAAAAAAUGAUCGCGGGUCUCUAUCUCGGCGAGAUCUUCCGCCUCGUUCUCCUCGACCUCCACCAAAACCAAGAUUGUGCCAUCUUUGAAACCCAAGACGUCUCCAAGCUCACAAAAGCCUACUCGCUCGACGCGGGGUUCCUGUCCUUUAUCGAAGAAGACCCCUUCGAGAACCUCUCAGAAACCCACGAUCUCUUCCAAAAUAAACUCGGCAUCAGCUGCACAAAGCCCGAACUUGAGCUCAUCCGCCGCCUGGCCGAACUCGUCGGCACACGCGCUGCACGUCUAUCUGCGUGUGGUGUUGCUGCGAUCUGUAAGAAGAAGGGCUGGGAGACAUGUCACGUUGGUGCUGAUGGAUCUGUUUUCAACAAGUACCCGCAUUUCAAGGUCAGGGGUGCGCAGGCACUAAAGGAGAUUCUAGACUGGCCGGCGGACAAGGGUAAGGGUAAGGACGACCCUAUUGAGAUUUUGCCGGCUGAGGAUGGGUCUGGUGUUGGCGCUGCCCUGAUUGCGGCGUUGACGUUGAAACGGGUGCAGCAGGGACAGAAUGCGGGGAUUAGGGAUCCAGAGGCUAUGCUUAAGGCGGCGAAGGUAGAGGUAAAGUAAGGGCCCGGCGAGGCGUUGGGCUGUGCUAUUAUACAUGUACAGGUGGUUGGAAUGGGACGUCAGUAUUGCUGGACAUCUGUUUUGGCCAGUGUGUUGUGUUUUUAUUUGUGUUGAGUUAUCUUCACAUGUUUAUGUGAACGGUGGCUGGAAUGCGACUGUGUAUGGAGUUGUUUCGUAUCUAGCUAGCCUAUCGAUCCAUUCACAUCAAGUCGACUAGGUGAUCAUCAGUCAACAA